AUGACACUCGUUGAAGAGAGCAUCGUUCGCGAGCUGGGAGUACGAGGAGCGUAUCAGCCGUUGACUCUCCAGUGGACGGGCAAUAUUGUUCGACGGGAAGCUUCAUCUGAGUGUGUGUCAUUCAAAGUUGCUUCUGAUGCAGGAGAUCGAUUAGAUGUGAAAGAAGCACAUACGGUGAAAAAGUCACAUCUACCGAAGCAGCGAGUUAACUUCAAGGAGUUGUCCAAACAUUAUCCACAUUUGGAGGGUCUGUAUGCAGCCGACCAUACUGGAGAGGAACCGAAAAUCCUGAUCGGACUCAACAACGCCUUCUUGCUUGCUCCAUUGGAAUCCAGGGUUGGUAAUGCCAAUGAACCCAUUGCAGUUCGCUCUUGCUUAGGAUGGACGAUAUAUGGCCCUAGAGAUACUGUUUCGACAACUGGUUUUCUCGGUUUCCACAGUGGAUAUACUAACGAGGAUCUUCACCAAAUGAUGCGGGAGUAUUAUCUGAGUCAAGAGCCUCGAACCAUUGUAAGUAAGCUUCCGGAAUCUGCUGAGGACCGCAGAGCACGAGAACUCUUGGAGGCUACGACGAUUAAAAUCGGUGAUCGGUUCGAAACCGGUCUCCUUUGGCGAACAGACGACGUUAAAUUACCAGACAGUUACCCGAUGGCAAUCAAGCGGUUACAGGGACUCGAGCGGCGACUUCUGAAGAAUCCGGAAAUGUACGAUAAAGUGAAAAAGAAAAUAAAGGAGUACCAAGUAAAAAAAUAUGCACAUAAAGUAACCCCGGAGGAACUUGCGACGUCUAAUCCGAAUAAAAUAUGGUACUUGCCUCUGAAUGUGGUUGUCAAUCCAAGGAAACCACAAAAAAUAAGGUUGGUGCUUGACGCAGCGGCACAAGUAGACGGCGUAUCCCUAAACUCGAAGCUCCUCGCGGGUCCAGACUUCCUGACGCCCCUCCACACCGUUAUUCAACAGUUUCGCGAAAGACAGGUGGCGUACGGCGGAGAUAUUCGUGAAAUGUAUCACCAGUUCCGAAUGAGAGACACAGACAAACACGUUUUGCGUUUUUUGUUUCGGGCUCAUCCAAAGACUGAACCGGAAGUAUAUGUAAUGGACGUGGCCAUUUUUGGCUCAGCAUGCUCGCCUGCGUCCGCACAAUAUAUAAAAAAUCUCAACGCAUCCCACUACGCUGAUCAGUUCCCCGAGGCAGCAAGUGCAAUUAUCCACAAGCACUAUGUGGAUGAUUAUUUUGAUUGUGCGGAUACUGCUGAUGAAGCUAUUGAACGAGCGAAACAAGUGCGUUACAUUCAUAGCCAAGCUGGUUUAGAGAUACGCAAUUGGGUCUCAAACUCGACAGGUUUCCUUGAAGCAAUGGGUGAAUCAACUUCAGGAAGCAAGGUGUCGUUGAAUAACGGCAAAGAGGGUCCUAGUGAGCGUGUUUUAGGAAUUAUUUGGCUGCCCUCCGACGACGUGUUCACUUUCUCCACGACGAUGCGCGCAGACCUGAUGCAUUAUAUGUCAACCAACGAUCGUCCUACUAAACGGAUCAUACUCAGCUGCAUAAUGAGUCUUUUUGACCCAUUAGGUUUGCUAGCACCAUUUACCGUUCACGUGAAAGGUCUUCUUCAACAUACCUGGCGCUCUGGCUGCGAUUGGGAUGAGAAGGUGAACGAUGAGUGCUACGAAAAAUGGUCUCGUUUGCGAAAUGUAUUUCCCGUCAUCAACCAAGUGCUCAUACCCCGGUGUUAUCUGCGAAAUGCCCCAUCAAGCGCAUACAGUACGCUGGAAGCCCACGUGUUUAUGGAUGCGAGUCAGGAUUACUACGGGUGUGCUGUAUAUUUCCGAAUAACUCACCAAGGAAAUUCUCGAUGUUCGCUGGUGGCUGCGAAGACGAAAGUUGGUCCGUUGAAGCCAUUUUCCAUUCCACGAAUGGAGUUGCUAGCUGCAACAUUAGGAGUACAACUGUUGAAUUCAGUAUUAUCAAAUCACAACAUCAAACCUACGAAACGUGUUCUAUGGACUGACUCAUCAACAGUGCUGCAUUGGAUAGCCGCAGACCCGCGAAAAUUUAAACCGUUUGUAUCGCGUAUCGAGUCGGCGAAAUUCUGCAGGAAACAAGUAUAA